AUGGCUGCAGGCCACAGCCACGCUCAGGAUGAUCCAUGGGCCUUGCUUGCCAGUCAGCUGCAGCAACUCUGUCGGCAGUAUGCCGAGGAGCAGAACAAGCUCAUCGCCUCACUGCGACCUUCCGAGAAGCUUUGGCCCUCGCACGCCGACAGCCUCGCACCCCCACGCCCGCAGACGCGCUGGGCGCUGGAACCCCGCCAAGGGGCUGCAAUUCCAGACUCGGUGGUCAAGACAGCCUCCAAUGGCUCGGCAGACGCGGCCAAGACAGCCCCAGCGCAAAAUGGAACCGCCAGUUCGACAGCGCUGGAGUGGACCACGAGGGCGAGCCGCCAAGCAACCCUGGACUGGACGAGCUUUGCAACGAGGCACAUUACGGAGAAGGACGAGUACGACCAUCCGCAGGUGAAACGGUUCCUUCGUCACGUUCCGUGCUGUUCGCGUACUUUGGAGCACAUCGUGCUGCGAUAUCUGACGCUAAAGGAGCCACGACGUGAGGGUCGACUGGCAUCCGUUGUCCGAAGUGGUUGGUUUCACACCGUCUGCUUGCUCGUGAUCAUGGCCAAUGCUGGCGUCAUCAUCCAUUCCAGCAACUGGGCCAUGGCAAACAUCGGCCAGGACGAGCCAAUUGAGAUCGUCAUCCUCGGCCAUGUGUUCACAGCCUUCUACACUCUGGAGCUGCUACUGAAGCUCUCAGUUCAUCGGCUUCACUUCUUUGUGAACGCAGAGGGCGGCUGGAAUUCUUUCGACUUUGUAUUGGUGCUCUUCGCCUACUUAGAGCUCGUGGCAGCGUCGCUCCUGAACCCGACCUUCCUUCGAAUUGUGCGGCUGGUCAAAGUGGGGAGGAUCGCCAGGAUGCUCAAGGCCCUCCGCGCAUUGGAGGACCUGCGCACGAUUCUGGACUCUCUCCUGGGCUGCAUGUUCACGAUGUUCUGGUCGCUGAUCUUGCUUGCCUUCCUCCUAUGCCUCUUCGGCAUUUUCUUUGUUCAGAUGGGAGUAACGCACGUCAGCAGUGUAGGCGAUGCCCUCAACCAGACGUGGUGGACCGAGUACCAGCGGUACUUCAACAGCGUGCUCAUGUGCAUGUUGACACUGCUGGGCUGCACCACUGGCGGCGAGGACUGGAUCGACAUCCACCGCUUGGUCUCCGAGACUGGCUCCAUUCCGGCUGGCAUGUUGGUGUUCUUCAUUGUUUUCUUCACUCUGGCGGUCUACAACAUUGUCAUGACUUCCUUCAUCGACCGAGCCGUAAAGUCCACCCGGCCGACGAUGGCCGAGAACCUGGAAAGGAAGCAGGCCGAGGACCAGAUCUUUGCAGUGCAGCUCUACCAGAUGCUCUUCGAGGUCGACUGGGAUGGCGACGGACACAUCAGCGUCGAUGAGUUUCGGGAGGCGAUGGGAAGUGAAAACCAACUGGCAGCUUUCUUGAAGUUCCACGGCCUCGACAUCAAAGACUGCACGACGUUCUUCGCGAUGCUUUCGCCGAGUGCUACCUCCGUGAGCUUCCUUGACUUCGUCCAAGCAUGCUGCCGGAUGCGAGGUUCCGCUUCGUCCAUGGACGUGAGCCUGGUUAGCUUCGAAGUGAAGUUGCUGCUUCAGCGGCAGCGGCAGCUGCAGGGCGAGCUGCAGAAACAGUUUCGUGACUUGGCAUCAAGGUUCCCACAUUCACAUACAGCUCCGCCUGCCGAAGGUUCGAAACUCAGAAAGCAUGGAUCCGUGGCGAAUCUGGACUUCGGCGACCAGCGCGCGGUGCAGAACUCCGGGCCGACGCCUCGAGGAUCUCAGCAGUCCAGACUGAACCUGAGUGAUGCGGGCACCGGGGCAUGCCUGGGCUCGCCGGACCUGGCAGACAUCGAUGACAACAUCGGCCGCAAGGGCGCUGAUGCUGUGGAAGGGCAUGGCACCGAGACGAAGGCGAAGGACCUCCAAGACUUCCUUCAUGGCAUCACCUUCACUGCGAGAGCGAAGGCCAAAGCCAAGGCGAAGGCGGUGGCCGGAGCUGAGGCCAUUGCCGACAACUCUGCUCUUGCGCCACUAGAGCCUACAGACACUGCUUCUCCUCCGACGAUGCAAGAGGCGAUCGGACGCCUGCUUCAGGAGUCGGCAGUGACGGGGCAGGCCAAGGCCAAAGCCAAGGCCAAGUCGAAAGCAAAGGCGAAAGCCAAGGCGAAAUCGGAAGCUGUGCCGCACCCGCCUUCCACCGAGGAGAUCCUGCACAUGCUGCAAGGCUGA